UAAAAAAAAUAAUAAUAAUUGAGCCUCGAGUUAAGGGAGGUGCUCCAGGAUCCUGGUGCAGUGUACAGAGCAGAGCACGACAGGUAUUGCGAACUGAAUUGCAGCUGAUGAUUGAAGGUGCCACUGGCUCUCAGUUUCAACUUUCACGUCACCAUCAAUUUGCGUGUUUGCUUACCUAUGGCCUCCAAUUCUACAAUUUACUUCCGUGGUUCAGAUUUAAUCCUAAACUGUACCCACCUCUAAAUUGGAUCCACACCGUCCUCCUACCUAGAGCUCUCUGAAAUUUUAGUAGCAGCAAUAAAAUCAGCACGUGUUUCUCCAAGUGUCCAACGUGAGGGCAUAAGCAUGACCAACCUCAUCGCUUUAAGCUCCCCUCGACUGCUUCUCAAACCCCCUCACAGUGUUAAUUUGAAACAUUUUCGGUCUAUAGAUUGUUGCAGUAUAAGAAAGCAGAGCAAAACAAGUCUAAGAAACCCCUGGCCUUCUAUCUCUCUCUCGCUUUUCGGUUCUGGUUUCGUUUUGGGUCCCCUUAUUGACGGACUUCAUUCGAGGGUCGACCUCGUGGUCUACCAAAAUGGGGCAAUAAACAUUGGUUCUCUCCACACGAAUAUAUGGGUCCCUCCUUUGCUGGGAUUGUUCUACUGCACGGUUGGGUUGCUGCAACUCUUCCUGGAUGAAAAGGCUUCUUCAGAAGUGCCGGAGGGGACCCUGGAAAAAGCGGGCGGGUCUCUGAUAGCAUUGGUGCUAUUUAUCGAACUGAGUGCUGAAAUGUAUAAAAAUGGAGUCGCGGACAACAUCGAGGCCUACAUAUUAUUUGCAGUGGCAGAGCUUUUAUGGUUCUCCCUAGACAGGACACGGCUGGGUUUCUCCUUAGCAUCCAUCAUUGGCAUAUGCUGCCCCCUGGCUGAAAUUCCGUUGAUGAAGUUCUUCCACCUCUGGUACUACCCACAAGCCAAUGUAGAGAUCUUUGGACAGGGACUAGUUACUUGGACAGUCACCUGCUAUUUUGCUUACACGCCAUUCAUUGUCUGUUUAUCACGCUGGCUACAAUCAACCAUUAAUGCUGCUGAUACAGAGAAGUCUAUCUAAGCUAAGGAGCUGAUAAGGAUCUGUUC